GAGUAAAUCAUGGGCAAAAUUAUCGGUAUCGACCUGGGGACCACCAACUCGUGCGUCUCGGUCAUGGAAAACGGCAAGGCCAAAGUUAUUGAGAACGCCGAAGGCGCGCGUACCACGCCGUCGAUUAUCGCUUACGCCAAUGACGGCGAGAUCCUGGUCGGUCAGUCGGCCAAGCGUCAGGCGGUGACUAACCCGCAUAACACUCUGUACGCGGUAAAGCGUCUGAUCGGUCGUAAGUUCGACGAAGAAGUCGUGCAAAAAGACAUCAAGAUGGUGCCUUACAAAAUCGCCAAGGCUGACAAUGGUGACGCCUGGGUUGAAGUGAACGGCAAUAAAAUGUCCGCCCCGCAGAUCUCGGCUGAAGUCUUGAAAAAGAUGAAGAAGACUGCCGAAGACUAUCUGGGUGAAGCUGUGACCGAGGCGGUGAUCACCGUUCCGGCUUACUUCAACGACAGCCAGCGUCAGGCGACCAAAGAUGCCGGCCGCAUCGCAGGUCUGGACGUAAAACGUAUCAUCAACGAACCGACCGCUGCUGCUCUGGCUUACGGUAUGGACAAGGCCAAAGGCGAUCACACCGUGAUCGUUUAUGACCUGGGUGGCGGUACCUUUGACGUAUCGGUGAUCGAGAUUGCCGAAGUCGAUGGCGAGCACCAGUUCGAAGUGCUGGCUACCAACGGUGACACCUUCUUGGGUGGUGAAGACUUUGACAUUCGUCUGAUCGACUACCUCGUUGACGAAUUCAAGAAAGAAAGCGGCAUGAACCUUAAAGGUGAUCCGCUGGCGAUGCAGCGUCUGAAAGAAGCUGCCGAGAAAGCCAAGAUCGAGCUGUCGUCGAGCAUGUCGACUGACGUUAACCUGCCGUACAUCACAGCAGAUGCUACCGGUCCUAAGCACUUGAACGUGAAGAUUUCUCGCGCCAAGUUGGAGGCACUGGUUGAAGACCUGGUUCAGCGUACCAUCGAACCUUGCCGCAUUGCAUUGAAAGACGCUGGCAUCGACGUUGGCUCCAUCAACGACGUGAUCCUGGUGGGCGGUCAGACUCGUAUGCCGCUGGUGCAGCAGAAAGUCACCGAGUUCUUCGGUAAAGAAGCACGUAAAGACGUCAACCCGGACGAAGCGGUUGCCAUGGGUGCUGCGAUUCAGGGCGCGGUAUUGGCCGGUGAUGUGAAAGACGUGCUGUUGCUGGACGUCAGCCCGCUGACCCUGGGUAUCGAAACCAUGGGUGGCGUGAUGACCGCGCUGAUCGAGAAAAACACCACGAUUCCUACCAAGAAAUCUCAGGUGUUCUCGACUGCCGAUGACAACCAGGGCGCCGUGACUAUUCAUGUGCUGCAAGGUGAGCGUAAGCAAGCCUCUCAGAACAAGUCUCUGGGCAAGUUCGACCUGGCUGAUAUUCCACCAGCGCCUCGUGGUGUGCCACAAAUCGAAGUGACCUUCGACAUCGACGCCAACGGCAUUCUGCACGUAGGUGCGAAAGACAAGGCGACCGGGCAAAGAGCAGAAGAUCACGAUCAAGGCCAACUCCGACUUAUGGCAAAGCGUGACUAUUACGAAGUUUUGGGUGUGGAGCGUGGUGCCAGCGAGGCGGAGCUGAAAAAGGCUUACCGUCGUCUGGCGAUGAAGCACCACCCGGACCGUAAUCCGGAUAACAAAGAAUCCGAAGAAAUGUUCAAAGAGGCCAAUGAGGCCUACGAAUGCCUAUGUGAUCCCAAUAAGCGUGCAGCCUACGAUCAGUAUGGCCAUGCCGGUGUCGACCCAAGCAUGGGGGGCGGCGGCGCCGGUUUUGGUGGGCAGAACUUCUCCGAUAUUUUCGGCGAUGUGUUCAGCGACUUCUUUGGCGGCGGCCGCGGUGGUCAGCGUGGCGGCGGCGCGGGAGGCAAGGGUGGGCCGAUGAGCUUCGGGAAGAGCAAGGCACGCCUGCUCUCCGAAGAUCAGGUGAAAACCACUCUGGCCGACGUUGCCGGUUGUGAUGAAGCUAAAGAGGAAGUGGGCGAGCUCGUCGAGUUCCUGCGCGAUCCGGGCAAAUUUCAGCGCCUUGGUGGGCGUAUUCCGCGCGGUGUGCUGAUGGUCGGUCCUCCGGGUACUGGUAAAACCUUGCUGGCCAAGGCGAUUGCUGGUGAAGCCAAGGUGCCGUUCUUCACGAUUUCCGGUUCUGACUUUGUCGAAAUGUUCGUCGGUGUCGGCGCAAGCCGUGUUCGCGAUAUGUUCGAGCAAGCUAAGAAGCAUGCGCCGUGCAUUAUCUUUAUCGACGAAAUUGACGCCGUUGGUCGUCAUCGUGGUGCGGGCAUGGGCGGUGGUCACGAUGAGCGCGAGCAAACGCUCAACCAAUUGCUCGUGGAGAUGGAUGGUUUCGAGAUGAAUGACGGCAUUAUCGUCAUCGCCGCAACCAACCGUCCUGAUGUGCUUGACCCCGCGUUACUGCGUCCAGGCCGUUUCGACCGUCAGGUCGUGGUUGGCCUGCCGGACAUUCGUGGACGCGAGCAGAUUCUGAAAGUUCAUAUGCGCAAAGUGCCGAUGGGCGACGACGUUGCUCCUGCGGUGAUUGCUCGUGGCACCCCAGGUUUUUCCGGUGCCGACCUUGCCAACUUGGUGAACGAGGCGUCGUUGUUUGCAGCGCGUACCGGCAAGCGCAUUGUUGAAAUGAAAGAAUUCGAGCUGGCAAAAGACAAGAUCAUGAUGGGCGCCGAGCGCAAAUCCAUGGUUAUGUGAGGUAACGGGUUUCCUGGCUG